CUCAAAUUCAACAAUAUGCUAUUUAGAUUAGUUAAAAUAUGCGACACGUCAAUCUACGAAAGAAUAAUUUUGUGCCUUAGCGAAUUUUGUGCUACUGCAUGUUUCGUAUUCGUAGGAUGUUUAGGAUGUACGAGUACCAGCGCUGAGCAAAUCUCUUUCACUUUCGGAUUAGCGAUCAUGAUAGUAGUACAAAUUUUCGGCCACAUUUCCGGAGCUCAUGUUAAUCCUGCUGUAACUGUGGCCGCAACAAUUUUUGGAAACAUCCCGAUAAUUAAUGUUCCUAUUUACUUUUUCGGUCAAAUUCUGGGUGCCAUAUCAGGAUAUGGAUUAGUCAAGGCGACCUUCGCAAAUUAUCCAAUGAAUUACGAAAGACUGUGUUCACCAACUGCUGAUAAAAAUCUCUCUAUAUCACAAGUUUUUUUAACAGAAUUUCUCCUUACUCUCAUCCUGAUAUGGGUCUGUUGCGCUAUAUGGGACCAGGAAAAUGUGACAAACCAAGAUUCGUUACCUUUACGUUUGGGUUUUACAGUAACGGCACUUGCCAUGGCAGGGAGCCAAUUUAGCGGCGCUAAUAUAAAUCCGGCUCGAAGCUUCGGUCCAGCUUUGUUAAAUGGAACUUGGGAUCACCAUUGGGUUUAUUGGUUGGGUCCUAUUUUAGCUGCUUUCAUCGGUGCCCUGUUUUACAAAAUCAUUUUUGGAAAAAAGAUGAAAAGAUGGCAAAUCGUACAAUUAACAGACAAGAUGUCAACGAAAGAUAGGAUUGUUUUAUGUGCUGCCGAAAUUGGUGGUACAGCAAUUCUCUUAUUUUUAGGUUGUUUAGGAUGUGUUAAUUCUUUAGCAUCAGGAGGUUUUAUUCCACACGAGCAAAUUUCUUUUACAUUUGGUCUAGCUGUGAUGGUUGCAAUUCAGGUAUUUGGACACAUUUCGGGAGCGCACAUCAAUCCAAUUGUAACAGUUGCGGCAGCUACCUUAGGAGACUUACCAUUAAUUCAAGUACCAAUCUAUUUCGUAGGGCAAUUAAUAGGUUCCCUUUUAGGAUUUGGAUUGUUGUUGGUAGUAACACCCGAAGUUAACGUGGGAAACGUAUAUAAUAAUAUUACUGGAAUAAAGAUCGGUUCGGGAGUCUGUUCACCGGGACUUCAUCCAAACAUAACUACCGGACAAGGACUUUUCGUCGAAUUUCUUCUUAGCUUAAUUUUGGUUCUAUUCUGUUGCGGAAUAUGGGAUAGAAGAAAUAAAGAUAAACAUGAUUCCGUACCCAUCAAAUUCGGUCUUGCUGUAGCAGUUCUUGCCAUGGCUGGGGGUCCUUACACUGGAGCUAACAUGAAUCCAGCAAGAAGUUUCGCCCCUGCUCUAUUGAAUGGUGAUUGGAACAACCAUUGGAUCUACUGGAUCGGACCUCUAGCAGCUGGAUUCGUCGGAGGUUUACUUUACAGACUAAUUUUUAGAAAACCAGAACCACCUUCCAAGGAAAUUGUACCGGAAGGAAUCGCAUUAAACGCGAAAAACAUGAAUUAGCAUUUAGAGGACAAAAAAAAUUGUUAUUUUUUUAAAUACAACAU